CCGAGAUAAUCUACGAUAACGACCACGCUCUCCUCGUAUUCAAGAUGCCGAAAGGACUCCAAAAGACCCGGAAGAAGAUUAACAAGAAGGGCGGCGAUAUCCAUGCCCUUCAUGAGAACUCUAGAGACUCCAUGCGCCUCCGCCGCGCGAGUAACAGAGACGAGAAGCUCAAACGAGUAGGAACGGCAAAGAGGAAGGAUAACCAGCCUUUGAUUGUCCGGGCAGCUUAUUUCCAGGAAGCUGUGCGCAAGAAUGACGGGAAGGAAUUGACGAUGGAACAAAUUACGCCACUAAUUGAAGAAUUCGUACACCAACACGACGAAGAAUUCAGCGAAGUCAAAAGCCAACGCCGCCCAGGACGGCCGUCUUCAACAAGAGAGGACGUUUUGAGGAUCAAAAUAGCUAAAGACGAGAAGGAGUGGGAGAAUGGCUUCUACCUACCUGACCUAACAAUCCCCGACAACGCUAUAUAUCUCGAUAGAUGGGACGGGACUUGGUCGUAUCUGCCGACUCUGAAAUGGGUUACAAUUGCGAAGAAUGGGACCGUGAAGCCAUCUAGCUUCCCGCCUAAGGGACAGACAUGAAGAUAUAAUGAUCCGAAGGCGUUUAUAUGGUGCAUCUGAAGGAGUUGGGCGACAAUACCGCAACAUUUGUGAAAGUGAAGCGGCUCUUUUACGGAUAACAAUAGUUAGCCAGGAUUUAUAGUGCAAGAAAUCGUUUAUUGUAAUUAUUGAG